AUGACAAAAGCUUAAAAAUAGAACACCAUUUUUGGAGGAUUAGUUUUUUUAGGAGUUAUUGUUAUUUCUAUCUCAUACUUUUGCUACCUUUGUGUUCUUUACUUUGGAAAUCACCUGUAGACAUCUAUAUCUUCUACAUAACAAUACUUUUCAGAAGAAUUCUAAAUGUAGUUUGAAAGAAAUUUAAUUGCCUUUAAGAUAGUUUUAGAAAAUGGAAUGCUUAUUUAAUACUUUGAAAAAAAUAGACAAAAGUCAUAUAUAACUAUUCUUCCUGUUUUUUCUACAAAAGACUAAACAGGAAAAAAGGUUGAUCAAAAUUUAAAAUUCAUAUAAUGUGAAGAUCCUGAUUUAAAAGAAUGUUACUGGAUUGACUACUCUAACGUUACCAAAAAUAAGAUGAAUGAGCCUUUCUUAAAUUAUUUUCCUAAUGAUAACGAAAAGCAAAAAUUAGAAAUAGUAUUGCUUUAUUGCACAACUGAAUUAAGUUAUCCUGAUACUGUAUGUGCUAGUUAUGAAGAAACAUAAAAAGAAAUUAUAAACUUUAGUACUUAGACUUAUGUAAGAAUUACUAGUUAAUAAUAUAAUCUAAAUACUAGGUAAUAUGAAAAAAAAUUAAGUAAGAGCAAUUUUAUUUAUCAGAUAGCUUAGUAUUCUUAGGGAAGUUUAGCUUAAAAAGUACUACAACUACUACAAACGAUGGGUUUAUUAUUUAAAAAGAAAGCUCUAAAACAUACAUUUCAGACUACUAAAAAACUAGUGAGUACAGUACCUUGA